GCACAGGCCCACUCGAGGUCCGACUGCGCUUGCGCGGAGCCUGCGGCGCCCCAGGACGGGAAGUAGGCGGGGCCGGCCCAGAGCAGCUCGUGGGGAGCACUGCGGCAGGCUGGCAGGGUGAAGACUCACUACUGGAGACCGUCUCACCCCAGCCUAGCUGCAAGCCCCCGGGAUGCACUGGCAUGGCCUCUGCAGUCCCACACAACAGCAGCCAGAUGGCCUGUGACAGCGAGAUCCCAGGCUUCCUGGACACCCUCCUCCAAGAUUUCCCAGCCCCACUGAGCCCGGAGAGCCCUUUGCCAUGGAAGGUCCCAGGGACAGUGCUGAGCCAGGAAGAGGCAGAAGCUGAGCUGACCGAGCUGGCAAUGGGCUUCCUGGGCAACAGGAACGCUCCCCCACCGUUUGCUGCCGCUGUGACCCACAAGGCCAUUUCCCAGCUCCUACAGACAGACCUGUCCGAAUUCAAGAAGUUGCCUGAACAAGAGGAAGAGGAGGAGGAAGAGAAGGCCCUUGUGCCCCUGCUAGAUGCCAAAGGCCUGUCUCGGAGCUUCUUCAACUGGCUUUGGGAAGUCUGUAGCCAGUGGCAGAAGCAGGUGCCAUUGACUGCCCAGGCCCCUCAGCGACAGUGGCUGGUCUCUAUCCAUGCCAUCCGGAACACACGGCGCAAGAUGGAGGAUCGACAUGUGUCCCUUCCUACCUUCAACCACCUCUUCGGCCUGUCUGACUCUGUGGACCGUGCCUACUUUGCUGUGUUUGAUGGUCACGGAGGAGUGGAUGCUGCGAGAUAUGCCUCUGUCCACGUGCACACCAACGCUUCCCACCGGCCAGAGCUACUCACAGACCCGGCAGCGGCCCUCAAAGAAGCCUUCCAGCGCACUGAUGAGAUGUUUCUCUGGAAAGCCAAGCGAGAGCGACUGCAGAGUGGCACCACAGGUGUGUGCGCGCUCAUCGCGGGAACUACCCUGCAUGUAGCUUGGCUCGGAGACUCUCAGGUCAUCCUCGUACAGCAGGGCCAAGUGGUGAAGCUCAUGGAACCACACAAACCCGAGCGACAGGAUGAGAAAGAACGUAUUGAAGCACUGGGUGGCUUUGUUUCUCUCAUGGACUGCUGGAGAGUCAACGGGACCCUGGCAGUGUCUAGAGCCAUUGGGGAUGUCUUCCAGAAGCCCUAUGUGUCUGGCGAAGCAGAUGCAGCAUCCCGAGAGCUAACAGGCUCAGAAGACUACCUGUUGCUUGCCUGUGAUGGCUUCUUCGAUGUGGUCCCCCACCAGGAAGUCACGGGUCUUGUCUACAGCCACUUGAUCAGGCAGAAGGGUAGCGGGUUACAUGUUGCUGAGGAGCUAGUGGCUGUGGCCCGUGACCGGGGCUCCCAUGACAACAUUACAGUCAUGGUAGUCUUCCUUAGGGACCCCCAAGAGCUGCUGGAUGGCAGAGUCCAGGGAACAGGGGAUGCCCAAGCAGACGUAGGAAGCCAGGACUUGCCCACUGGCCUCUCAGAACUUGAGACCAAUAACUCACAGAGAAGCUAGGUGGUCCAGGCCCCCGGGCCCCAUCCUGACUCCCCUCUUCCCUUGUGAUCCUCCCUUCAAAGAUCUUAGAUCCAACAGGUAUAGCGGGCAGGGGUGCAUGCCCUCACAGCAUUCCCCUAGCACCCCAGCCCUUCAUGCCGCCUGCCAGUCUGUCCCCAGAACUGCAGAGCUGCAGUGGGCAGCACGUGGCUCUCAGAAGGAAGCAUAGAAAACUGGCCUCACCAAAGAGAAAGUGGCUGAGGUGGUCCCAGCAAUACAGGGCUGCGGACAGAAACCACAGGCACCUGUUGGCAGCCUAAGCAAAAACCCAGGUCAGGUCUUAAGAGACCCUCCCACAGACCUUUCAGGCCCAUCCUAGGGUAAGGUCUGCAGCCAGGUGUCUGGCCCAGGCUUGUGACUUCUCACUGUACCCAAGGCUGGGAGGGUUUGGUCUGUACUGACAGACAGACUCGCAGUCCUGAUUGACUACUGGCUUCCCCAAAAGGAGACAUUGGCGUUGCUGGGAGGAGCACCAGGGGACUGGCCCACUGCCAUUAGGGUCUUCUAGACCUCUCUUUCCCUUGAUCAUCUUAGGGAGGUAAAGUCAGGGGUGUGUGUGUGUGUGUGUGUGUGUGUGUGGUGUUUGUGUGCUUAGAUUUAUUGCAGGGAAAGGUCUAAUCCAGAAUCAGUGUUCAGGUUUUAUCAGUGCCAAGCUGACCCACAAGGUCAUGUAAUUUAAGCUAAGCUUAGCAUUUAUUUUAUUCCUGAAAACUUAAGUAUUUUACUUUUUUAUGUAUUCAUGAAGACAUUUGCAGUAUUACUCAUUUUUUUUUCCUAAAUCAAGAUGGAAAGAAACUUUUCCAGGUUGUGUUAAUAAGCCACUUAAGUGCCUUAAACAGCUUUGGCGUGGAUGAGAGCUGCUGGCCCCGCAUGGAUCCUGCUAGGCAGACAUGUUCAGGUUCUCAGAAAGGCAGCAUUGGUUGUGGGAAGGCAUGCUUUAGGCUAGAACUCUUUCUGGGAAGCUUCCUUUGUGUUCUGGGCACCUCAGAACUUCCUUGAAAUGAUUAGCAGAGCUAGGCUUCUGGGAUGACAGUGGCCUCCUUGCCCAUCCUUGGGGUCUGGCUAGAUCCUGACUAGGAAGAUCUUCCUGCUCGUAGACUAGAAGUUUCAGAAUCUCUUAGUAUACUUGUAGUAUCAUUGGGUACAGUGCAUAGUUAAGGAACUUCGGCGACCCAGCAGUCCACCCCAUCGGGGAGGUUCCUAGCAGUCUGCCGCCAUGGUCACCACCUGUCUCCUGUGGCUGGUGUUCCUCCCUGCUGGACUCUGUCCUCUACCUGAGCAACACGAAAGACCUCCACAUCCCUAGAGCAGGGGGCAGUGAAGACUUGGCAAUGAUGCCUGGGUGCUUGGAGAGCUGUGAUGUAUAAAACCAGUUAAGGAAACCAGGCAGAGGAAGGGGCACCUGGAGUAGAAGGACUAAGGAGGCCCCCAGAGAGGGCCAGUGUGAGUCACGGCUGCUCCAUGCAGAUGCCAGCAGGUCCGGAGGAUAAUGGGUGACUUAGCAGAGGCGCAGGGGCGUCAGGGAAGAAGCUUGGCGUGAGGUCCCCGUGGAGAGGAUGAUAGCCCACCAGUGGAGAGCACAGCCUCAGCAAGGCUCGCACAGUGUGCCUCAGUGCACCUAACCCUCUCAAAAGAAGCAGGGCACACAUGCUUUUGUCCCUGAGGCAAGUCCAGCAGUGUGGGGGGAGCCACCUUUGGUUGGGCACACCACCUGUAUGCUUGGCAUUCACCCAUUCCCACAUCGGGGAUGGAGGAGUUCUGGCCAUGUAGUUGAUUCCUUGAUCAAAGUCUAAACACUUAGAUGAUUGCCCGCCAUGACUGGGUAUUGCUCAACUCAAAGACCUGGUAUCCUCUCAGAACAGGAGUGUGGUGGUUUGUCCAACCUGCCUGUAGCAAUGACCUUGAUAGAGGGAGAUAAUGACAUUGGUUUUCUCCCUUUUUUGCUAAUCUUAUUCUGUUCAUUGCUGGUAAGAGUGGACUUUAGGCCCACAUAGAUGUCCCUUGAUGGUCUGAUUCAUACUCACAUAUAAGGUUGUGCCAGAUGCCAAGGGCUCAGUGUAAAAAGGGAAGCUCCCUUCCCAGGCUUCCCUGAAUGCCUCCCCUCCUCCCAGUCCAUCUGUAGUGGUGAUUGCCAAGCCCCUGCUGGACAGUAGUCCAGGACCAAUGCUAGGCACUGCUCCUCCUCUCCUAAUGGCCAAGGGAGAGCACAUUCUCCUGCUGUUGAGAACUGGCCUUGUGCUAGCUCAUAGACGCUUCUAUUCUAACUGGAGCUGCCAGUAUCUAGCUUAUAAGACUUCUUGGGCAUUCUCUCUUCAGGCUCUCAUCCCAAGAGGAUCCCCUAGCCAGAGUGAUCCCAUUUCUUAAAUCCCAGCUUUGCCACCAUCUCAUUGCAUGAACUGAACAAGGCACUGCACCUCUCUGGCCUCAGUUACCCUUUGGUAAGGAUGGAGGGGAUGCACAGCAUCACCAGUCCCUCCAGCCUAGAAUGUCAGAGAGAUAGGGGCUGCUGUAAGAGCAGAGGAGCCCAUCCUGCACAGAGAGAGUUAAGUAUUAUUAAUGUCUAUUCUUAAAACUCAGUGGGCUGGAAAAGAGCUGAGUUACAGACGCCAGUGUCUUGCUUGGAUACAAAAGCUAAAGCAGUCAGGCCGCCUCCCAACUAAGCCCGUAGGAGUAAGAGGUGGGAGGGCACAGGCAGGGUGUUAGUCAGGGACCAGCAUAGGAAGGGGUGUGGAAGCAAGGUAUCUGCGACAUAGCUUUGAGAGUCUCGGGACUCAUGGGAGAGGUCUUGGGAAAGCCCCUGCCGCUCACCAUGAUGUCUGCCCUGUCCCCUUGGGUCCUGCAUGCAGUGCACCCUCACCCCAUGGUAGGUCUCAGAAUAGGUGUCCUGGCUACCUCAGCUGUAUUCUCAGGGCCAGGAGGACAGCCCUGUCCACACUGUAGGGAAGCCAGGCCAACUUGUGUGAAGCGAGCUGUGUUUCUGGCUUGAUAGUGCCUCUGUAGUCCCCAGGGAUCGUCUUCGAGAGUCCUGAGCUUCCACUGGACUCUACAGCUUUACCAAACACUCUGAGCUUUGCAUUUACAUGCCAUGUGGGCCUUGCCAAGGGUUUAUUUCAGGGGGCUUCCUGGGAGUCAUAUGCAACAGUGAGCCUUGUUCUAAGAUACCAUGUUUCUCUAAUCUUAGGGAAAAGUCCCAGGGUGGUGAACUCAGAAGGAAAGUCUCCUGGGCCCAUUGUGCUGGUGUCAAUAAACUGUGUAUUCAAGA